UCUCCAGUUCCACCAACAACUGACUCCGCAAAUGAGCUCUUCCGAGGAUUCAGCUACGUGGCUCCACUCGUCACCGAUACUUUGCCAGACGCUGGCAACUGCACCGUCAGAAUGCGACCGCCUACAGCGGGUGACCCACGUGUACCCAAGCUAAAACGCAUAAGUGGCGUGAAAUCCAAGUCAUUCCUUGCUGACUACGAACUCCUGGAGGAGAUUGGCAAGGGUGCAUUUUCUGUAGUACACAAAUGCAAGCACAAUACCACCGGCGCCCUGUAUGCAGUCAAGAUAAUUGACUCGACGGUUCGUGAUCCAACGGAGGAGGUGCAGAUAAUGCUACGAUUCAAAGGUCUAUCAAACGUGGUAACACUUCGUGAUGUCUAUGAAUUCGAAAACAAGGUUUACUUGGUGAUGGAUUACCUGGAAGGCGGAGAACUGUUCGACAAAAUUCUGCGUCAAAACUUCUUCUCCGAAAAGGAGGCCGGUGCAGUCCUAGAGGUACUAGCUCGGACUCUGGCUGCGCUUCACAGUCAAAUGGUUGUCCACAGAGACUUAAAACCAUCCAACAUCCUCUAUGCUGAUCGUUCUGGCUCCCCAGACAGCAUUCGCAUUUGCGACUUCGGAUUUGCCAAGCAGCUCAGGGCUGGCAACGGCCUACUCAUGACUCCCUGCUAUACUGCACAAUUCGCAGCUCCUGAGGUGUUAAAAAUGCAAGGCUACCACGUCGCCUGUGAUAUCUGGAGCCUAGGUGUACUGCUGUACACCAUGCUUGUUGGUCAGACCCCGUUCGCAACAGGUCCUUUCGAUCCACCGGAGGUCAUCCUUCAGCGCGCAGAAUGUCCACUUAAUCUCACUGGUCAAGCCUGGGACUCCGUAUCCGAGCCUGCUAAGCAACUUGUGGCUAGUAUGCUAAACGUUGAUCCUAAAAAGCGACCGACGGCGGCUGAAAUUCUGGAACAUCCAUGGAUCAAAAAUCGCGCUCACCUCUCUACCUGCCCGCGCUAUAACCUUUGUGCUCCUGACGCCCGCACGGUCAAGGUAAGCGUGAUACCAGCACUUACUCCUAAGUAG